UGACCCUCAGUUAAACAAAAUAAAUAGCCUACACUUCAUGCUGCUUGCUUCAACCCCUUAAUGCUUUGCAGAAAUAAUAGUAUGGUCAUAACACUAAAUCUAUUUCUAUUGCAAUUGUAUCUAAAUAAGGGAAGUAUGACUAUGACCUGGUGGUUGUUGGUGGUGGUUCAGGAGGCCUUGCAUGUUCCAAAGAAGCGGCACAGGCGGGACAGAGAGUUGCUGUUUUAGAUUACGUGGAGCCAUCUGUUCGAGGUACCAAGUGGGGUCUUGGUGGGACAUGUGUUAACGUUGGCUGCAUUCCGAAGAAGCUCAUGCACCAGGCUGCUCUGCUCGGCACUGCAGUCAAAGAUGCUAAGAAGUACGGCUGGCAGAUCUCGGGGCCGGUCUGCCAUGACUGGGCCACCAUGGCAGAGGCUGUUCAGAACCACGUCAGGUCUCUGAACUGGGGUCACAGAGUUCAGCUGCAGGACAAGAAGGUGAAGUAUCUGAAUCUCAAAGGAAGCCUGAUGGAUGAACACACUGUUAAAGGCCUAACUAAAGCUGGGAAAGAGACAAUCCUGACUGCUAAGAACAUUGUAAUCGCCACAGGCGGGCGGCCAAAAUACCCCACAAAUAUCCAAGGAGCAAUAGAGCACGGCAUCACCAGUGAUGACAUCUUCUGGCUGAAAAAAUCGCCGGGGAAAACACUUGUGGUUGGAGCCAGCUAUGUGGCUCUGGAGUGUGCCGGCUUCCUCACCGGUAUUGGCUUGGACACCACAGUGAUGGCUCGCAGCAUCGCCCUCCGGGGGUUUGAUCAGCAAAUGGCAGGUCUAGUGACAGACUACAUGGAGGAAUAUGGGACCAAGUUUGCAUGGAAGUGUGUCCCAAAGAGAGUGGACAAACUCUCUUCAGGAGCCCUGCAGGUGACCUGGACUGACACACGCACAGGCAACGAACACAAGGACACUUACGACACUGUGUUAUGGGCAGUUGGCAGAGCCCCUGAAACCAAAGCCCUGGGCCUGGACAGGCUUGGUGUGCAACUGAACAAGGAGACGGGAAAAAUAGUUGUGGGAACUGACGAAUCCACCUCUGUUCCAAACAUCUAUGCUUUUGGUGACAUUGGCGAGGGUCGCCCUGAAUUGACCCCAACAGCCAUUAAAGCUGGAAAGCUUCUGGCCCGAAGACUGGCCGGUCACAGCACUGAGCUAAUGAACUAUGACAACGUGCCCACGACGGUGUUUACCCCCGUCGAAUAUGGCUGUGUGGGUCUAUCUGAAGAGGAAGCUGAGAAGAGGCUUGGAAAAGACGGCAUAGAGGUCUACCAUGCCUUCUACAAGCCUCUGGAAUUCACUGUUGCAGAGCGUGAUGCCAGCCAGUGUUACUUAAAGGUGGUGUGUGAGCGCGGUGGAGACAUGAAGAUCCUGGGUCUGCACUUCACAGGUCCAAAUGCUGGAGAAGUCACACAGGGCUUUGCUCUGGGCUUUCAAUGUGGAGCGACAUAUUCCCACCUGUCGCAGACGGUAGGCAUCCACCCAACCUCUGCUGAAGAGAUGACCAAGGUCAACAUCACAAAGCGCUCCGGCCUGGACGCCACGGUCACUGGCUGCUGAGGUUAAGCGCCUCGGUUUCUGAACAGUAAUGAGCACACAGGGUCCUUCUAUGGCAGUAGAAAGAGUUUAGUCUGGGUUUAUCAUGCUCUUUCUCCUCGUCUCUCUCCUUUAUGGCCCAGAAAUGGCUACCAGUUUCACAGUGCUUUCCGAGAUUUUGCUGCACCUUCUGUGCAACAGGGUCUUCAUAAGCCAGUCCUUGAGGUCAUCACUAGCUGCCCAGGUUAGUGUCACUGACACAUCAUGUGAUAACCGAGGUUAUGACUCUCCGUAUACAGGCAGGUUGUGAGUUUAUGCUCUGAAAGCACAGGGCUACAGAUCAGGUUAGUGAGAGUUCUGGCCACAGAGCAAGCGUCUUUAAAUAAACAGGCUCAUCAAUCAGGAUUAAGGCCUGUGCUCAGGGUUUUGUUGAAAUCGUACAAGCACUGUAGAGCGAGCCCUAACGUUUUUCUGAGUAUAUAUUCUGCAAAUAUUGUUGUUUCUCCGGCUGUACUUCCUGUCCAUUAGUCUUGGAGGUGACACAUACCAUACACCCCCACAAACCCUCCCCAUGACACUGAUGGAUAGCCCCAGGGCCGUCGCCGCAGCGACACCGCCCCAUUUCCCAUGGACACACACAAACAGUCGGUGGGCUGCCUGUCAGUCAGCCAGCUAAGACCUGGCCAGGGGGCCCUCGGCUUGUUUAGGGCCCAGCAGACCCAUUCCUUUUACUCCCAUGCCCUUCUCUCAUCCCAAUGCAGAAGUACAGCAGGACUACCAACAUGCUGUCAAAAGUUGCGUGGAUGCUACAGGCCCAGGCACAGAGCAACUCUAUCCACUGAUAACAGAGCUCUCCUGAAACUGUACUACUCGGCCUCACCCAAAGGUGGCACUAUUGCCCUCCAAUUCUCCCCUUUUUUUCUGAGCCAAGAAUGGAAGACAGGAUAAAGUAGUCACUGUAUAAAACAUAAGCCUGAAUACAUUCAGGUUGCACAUUUAAUCCCUUUAAUCCCUAUAAAAGAUAUGUGCUUUUGGAAGAAGUUUGAAAGCAGACUGGCUUUGUUGGUGCCAAACUGAUAAGGGUUAUCUGUUGUGUAUUUACAUGGAUGGCAGGUUAGGCCUUAAGAGUCAUCACCCUUGAAGAUAAGACUUGUUUAUAUCAAUAAAGCAGUAAUAGACGUCCACAGUUUGCCUGAAUGUUCAACCUGCUGGCUGUACAGGACAUCUUGGGUUUAUUAAGAAGAGGAUGAGGGAGUAGAAGGCCUGUCAAUAACGUUGGUUUCUACAGAAAUCGGGGGACCUAAGAGAAGGCUGCCAGGCGUAGUUUAUUUUUAUUUGAAGUCUAAUCUGCCCAGUCUGAUUAAUGAUUUCGAUGAGGGGAGUGACAGUGUGCCAGGAGAUGGAGAAAGGAAAAAGAGAGAAAGAGAGAGGUACCAGGUUUAUUUGGACCUGGGCCAGAGGAGAGAGAGCAGAGUUUCAGUCCUGGUUAGGGAGGGAAGGGGGAUUCCUGUGUGCUCUGUUCAGGGCCGAGGUGCUGACUGAAGGACCCUGACCUCCGCUCAGCAGGAACAGCUUGACUCUAUCACUCGGAGCACAGAGGGCUCACAUGCUGCAGUGCUGCACGGCAAGGGGCCUGGGGGGCACAGGGUGGAGGGAGGGUGGAUUGGAUGGCCACGGCACGGACAGAGCCAACCAAGCAGCCAACCAACACAACACUGAGCGGUAGCGGCGUGUUUGCCCAGGGUAAUUGAGUCUAUGUUCCUGUGCUUAACGAGCCACUUCAGAGACCUCAGGGUGGGCCCAAGGCAACGUGAGGGAAGUUAUUGAGGCCAUCAGUGUAACUGUAAUGUCUGUUUGCUUUUUACCCUCUACUUCCCUUCUGCUUUUUCUCAGCCGCUCUGUUAUUUUAUACACAGUAUGGCCGCUCAUACGCACAAAAUAGUAUUUCACUUUUUAUGAAGUGUCUGUCUCAUUUGAAUGAUAUCUUGUUGUUGAUCAGUCACUCCAGGCCCAAGACUUAACCAGUUUGCCUCAGCUGUGCCACACCGGGGGAGGGGUCAGGGUUCAACUUUCAGGUCGGCCAGCUAAUGAUGACCUGCACUAAAACCCAAAACUGGGGAGUGCAGGCCUGAUGUCACCUGGCCACCAACUUUGUACUUGUAAAUAGAGAAGUGCAAUUUUCCAUUAAAGCUUUGUACUACAUAAUUUAUAUGUAAAAUAAUGACACACUGUGUUGCCAUUAAAUUAAGGAUGCUCACUGA